UAACGUAAAGCGCCAAUUAUCGACUGGUACCAAUUAUCGUGACAAAACUCUGCCACGCGCAAAAGCGGUAGGCAUGCGCAUGUGUCAAAUUUACUAAGAUGCACGGAGCAUACGCAAUGACCUCACCAUCUUCCUCGCCGACGAAGCAGAUAAAUCUGUGAGCUACGGCUAUAAUUCUUACUGAUGAGCUGGAAAACGUACACCAACACUUUACAAUUACACUCCUUUCUAUGGCAGAUGAUCAGUUGGAAGGAAUGCCUAAAAAGAAGCGAAGUUUUUGUCGCAGGAGAAGGAGCGAGUCUGCUCCCGAUGUCAUCCUUUCGUCAAGAAGAAAAAUCGGCAGUUGCCGAGAAAGGCUUGUUGAAGUGCCACCACCACUCUCACUCCCAGUGCCGCAGACCCUCCCACCACUCUCCCUCCCAGUGCCGUAGACCCUCCCACCACUCUCCCUCCCAUGCUGCAGACCAGUCUCUCCCAGAGUGUGGCAGAACCAAGGCGUUCAUCUUCAUCUGGGCUGUCAAGUGAGAGCUCUAUUUCCAAGUACCUGACACUUCCCCCUAAGCCUACACAUCCAAAGAGCGUUCCUCAGGCCCAUUUACUGACUAGUGCCAACGCUUUGGCACAAGUGGAAGAAAAAGAGCGAAAAAAUAAGCUAGCACUUGAGGAAAAGGAACGGUAGAAAACCGAAAGGGAAGAGAAAAAGCGGCAAAGGGAGGAGGAACAGAAACGGAAAGCUGAGGAACGACAAAGAAAGGCAGAAACAAAAGCAAACAAAGUGAAGGAGGCAGCAGAAAAGAGGAAAGAGAAAGCGAAAGGAGCAGGGAAGAAAAAGGUUUCAAAUGAAGCCACUGGCAUACGUAUAUCUCCAAAGAAAAGAGGUGUAAGCUCUCCCAAAUGGAAAGUGAUGACCCUCAAAUCAACACUGAUAUGUGCUGUGUUUGUAGCAUUUUAUACUCAGAAGAUCGCACAGGAAAACACUGGAAUGUGGCCGCUGGCUACAUGAAGAGUGUGCCGAGAGGUUCUGUCCUAUCUGUUUGUAAUGCCAUGUUUUCCGGUUGAUGUUGUAAUAGUGAUGUUU